AUGCUUUACGGCCAGAAUCUACCUUGGAGGGUGGCACUCAGACAGACGUCUCAAAGCCGAAUCAGCGUAUCGCGGACAGCAUCUUCCCACUUCCACUGCGCCAGCCGGAGUCAAUACCUAUCAGUUGCUGGAAGUAGCGCUCGAACACACAGAUAUCGACCAUCAUCAUCGUUAGCUCCUACGUACAACUUUUCUACAUCCUCGGCAAGAUGGAAAGAAAGGCCCAGCAGCUCGAGCAAAGAGGAUCACGAAGGGGCGAAGGAGAAAGAUGAUACUUCCCCGGAGGAGAAGAAAGCAGCCCGUAACCCCGAACGAGACGAGACAAACACCGUCGACUUCAAGAGCAAGGCACCGGAGCCGAUACCAUCGCGGUCAGCGUCAGACGGCAAGGGCGCAACAGCAGGAAGCGGUGGUGGCGAUGCAGGAUCAAGUGGGGGAGAUAGUGGGAGCAAGAAGCGCAGUAAGACGGAGCGCUCGCUCGCCAAACCCACCGUGCCGGAGGUCUAUCCACAGGUUAUGGCCAUACCUAUCGGCAAGCGCCCACUCUUUCCGGGAUUCUACAAGGCGAUUACUAUACGCGACCAGGCUGUAGCAACAGCGAUACAUGAGAUGGUCAAGCGAGGGCAGCCGUAUGUGGGUGCAUUCAUGUUGAAGGACGACAACGCGGACAAGGACACGAUAGACAGCAUGGACGAGGUAUACGACGUAGGGACAUUCUGCCAAGUUACGAGCGCAUUCCCGGUGCAAGGCGAGCAGCCGAGCAUGACUGCGGUUCUAUAUCCUCAUCGUAGGAUCAAGAUGACCUCGCUCAUACCUUCCAACCGCGAAGCAGAUGCUACAACGAAUAAGGCGGAGGCCACUGCUGCGGAAGCCACGCUCGAGGAUCAGCCGGCCAAGGAGCAAGAACCACAAGACAAGCAAGGUGACGUGGUGGCUAGCUUUGAGGAGAACUCUACGGAGCCAUCCAAGGCACUACAGCCAUACGAGUCGCUGUCAUUCUUGCGUAAGUACCCUGUCAGCUUUGUCAAUGUGGACAACCUAGCGGAAGAGCCACUCGAUAAGAAGAGCGGCACUGUGCGCGCUCUUGUAGCCGAAAUCGUCAACGUUUGUAAAGAGAUGGCCACAAUGAACCCGCUAUUUCGGGAUCAGAUCUCUACUUUUGCCAUGAGCCAGAACGCCGGCAACAUAGGAGAGGAUCCCGGAAAGCUCGCAGAUUUCGCCGCGGCCGUGGCAGCAGCAGAAUCUUACGAGCUGCAAGAGGCACUUUCGUCACUGAACAUCGAGCAACGGCUGAGCAAAUCACUUGAGGUCCUCAAGAAGGAACACAUGAACAUGCAACUGCAAUCGAAGAUCGUCAAAGACGUCGAGAGCAAGAUCCAGAAGCGGCAACGAGAGUACUGGUUGCAUGAGCAGCUGAAGGGCAUCAAGCGCGAAUUGGGCAUGGAAUCUGACGGUAAAGACAAACUCAUUGAGAGAUUCAGGGACAAGGCCAACAAGCUUGCCAUGCCUGACGGUGUCAAGAAGGUGUUUGAGGAGGAGCUCAACAAACUUGCACAUCUGGAGCCGGCUGCAUCAGAAUUCAACGUCACGCGAAAUUACCUGGAUUGGCUAACACAGAUCCCCUGGGGUCAGAGGAGCGCCGAAAACUUUGGCAUCAAGAACGCAAUGAGGGUCCUGGACGAAGACCAUCACGGCCUUAAGGAUGUCAAAGAUCGGAUUCUCGAGUUUAUUGCUGUCGGUAAGCUUCGAGGGACGGUUGAAGGAAAGAUUCUGUGCAUGGUUGGUCCGCCAGGUGUAGGCAAGACAAGUAUCGGCAAGUCUAUUGCAAAGGCACUCAAUCGGCAAUACUACCGAUUCAGCGUUGGCGGCCUGACUGAUGUGGCCGAGAUCAAGGGUCACAGGCGGACAUACGUUGGAGCACUUCCCGGCAGAAUAAUCCAGGCUUUGAAGAAAUGCCAAACUGAAAACCCACUUGUGCUGAUUGACGAAGUCGACAAGAUUGGCCGAGGCCACCAGGGCGACCCUUCGUCAGCACUUCUGGAGCUGUUGGAUCCGGAGCAGAACAAUUCUUUCCUAGACCACUACAUGGACGUGCCUGUCGAUCUUUCCAAGGUACUCUUCGUCUGCACGGCAAAUAUGACCGACACGAUACCUCGACCAUUGCUGGAUCGUAUGGAAAUGAUCGAGCUCUCGGGCUACGUUGCGGAUGAGAAGAUGGCAAUCGCUGAGCGGUACCUUGCGCCGGCGGCCAAGGAGCUCAGCGGCCUCAAGGACGCGGAUGUGCAGCUGGAGAGAGAGGCUAUCGCUGAACUCAUCCACAAGUACUGCCGAGAGAGUGGUGUGCGAAACCUCAAGAAGCAGAUCGAGAAGGUCUACCGGAAGUCUGCGCUGAAGAUCAUCCAAGAUCUUGGAGAAGACGUUCUCUCCGAGGACAAAGCUCUUACAGAGGAAGGCAAAGCCGCGCAGCUGGAAUCAUCAAAGGAUACCACUGACGUCAAGGAAACGCCCGAGAACAUUGAGAACGAGACCACGGAGACUCCACGAAUAGCACUCAAGGUUCCCGACUCUGUACACGUUUCCAUUAACAAGGACAACUUGAAGGACUACGUGGGUCCGCCCGUUUACACGUCCGAUCGACUUUACGACAUCACCCCUGCCGGCGUUGCUAUGGGUCUGGCAUGGACACAGAUGGGCGGUGCCGCCCUCUACGUCGAAUCUAUCCUAGAGGCGGCACUGAACUCUCACUCUCGGCCCAAUCUAGAGCGCACUGGCAAUCUGAAGAAUGUGAUGAAGGAGUCGACGUCAAUAGCCUACAGCUUCGCCAAAUCAGUCAUGGCACGCGAAUUCCCUGGAAACCAGUUCUUCGAGCAUGCCCGGAUACAUUUGCAUUGUCCUGAGGGCGCGGUGCAAAAGGACGGGCCGAGUGCCGGUAUAACGAUGGCAACAAGCUUGCUCAGUCUGGCGCUAGACAAACGGCUGGACCCGACGAUUGCCAUGACCGGCGAGCUGACCGUUACGGGUAAGGUGCUUAGGAUUGGUGGGCUUAGGGAGAAGACAGUUGCUGCGAGGAGAGCGGGGGCCAAGAUGAUCCUGUUUCCGGCUGAUAAUCUGAGUGAUUGGCUGGAACUGCCUGAGAACAUCAAGAAUGACAUCGAAGGCAAGCCCGUAGGCUGGUACUCCGAAGUCUUCAAUAUCGUCUUCCCAGACCUAGACCGCAAUCAGGCCAACAGCCUAUGGAAAAAGCAGCUAGCCAAGCCAUCGAAAAAGAAGACUGCGGAGUUCUCGGAUGAAGAGGCGGACGAUGUUAACCCUACGGUCUGA